AUGGAAGAUGGUGAACAAUUCAAUUACAAUAUAUGUGACUCACUAAACCAUCAACUUCAUUGCAUAGGAAAGAUUGACUUCCCACACUGCCUAUUCUGCCCAGAAAAAGAUGAGACCAUGCACCAUUACCUCCUCAACUGCCCUCAGUAUACCCGAGAGAGACACAUUCUAAACAACACCCUACGCCGCCAAGCCUCAUCCAUAGCCUUCCUACUCGCCUCUAAGAAAGCAAUAGACCCCCUCCGAAGAUUCAUCAAUAGCACCGGUAGAUUUAAAAUGACCUUUGGUGAGAUUCCAUUAACCAAAUAA